AUGACCUUGAAAGUUUCACGUUACAGCGCUGCGAGUUAUCGUGAGCUUUUCCGUAAUCUGUUACCGAAGCUGAAAACAUAGCCUUCCUUUCUCCCACCACCUUGCUUCUAUUAUUGCGCUUUUCAAAAAAGGGAAUACUAUCCGGGUAUAAUAACUUUGAUUUCCUUUGAUCGGAAAAUGACCUUGAUUGUUAUACGCUACAGCGCUGCCUUUCUUCACGCCAAAGCGCUGCGAGGUAUCGUGAGCUUUUCCGUAAUCUAUUACUGAAGCUGAAAAUAUAGCCUUUCUUCACUCCCACCCCCUGCUUUUUAUCAUUGCAUUGUUCAAAAAAAUGAAUACUCUUUGUGCAUAAUUACUUUGAUUCUAUUCUUCAUUGUGCAAAGUAACUUAAACGUUGUCAACGCAAAUUUGAGUUUUCAUUAAGUAUUUAUUUAUUGUUUGGUAUAUAAUUUUCUUCUUUAUUUCUUUAGAUUGUUUAAUUGUAAUUGAUAGUUUGAAUUUAUUUAUGGUAUCUAAUUGUUUCAGUAUUACAAAUUAAGCGUUUAGUUAAUUCUGUGUUUGUGAAUUGUUUCAUUACGUUACUUUGUAACGUUUAAGUUCGAUUUGAUAAAAAACUCGCCACUAUGUCAUUGGAGAAAACUUAUUUAAUCGGUGUUCCUAUUGAGAAAAUUAAUAACCGUAAGCUUCCGACUGUCAAAGAAGUUUUAUCAUUAUUUUUUUAUCAACAUAAAGUUCUCAAAUUAAAAAUUUAUGAUAGUGCUUCAAAAACUGCUAGUGUCGUUCAAGACUGCUGGAAUAAUUUGCAGAUUUCAACUUCUGGUUUUUGCAACAUUGUAAAGAAAAUAAUUAGUAUUUUCAAAAAGUGGAAAUAUUUACUGUGCAAUCGCAAAAAAAAUCACGUGCUCAAAAACAAAGAGAAAAUAGCUUUGAAAAAAAACUCGAACAAUUAUUUGACAUCGCUGGGAAGAAUAGUUUAAAAGGUUUCGAUAGAAAUAAUAAUAUUGAUUUUCAACUUCCAAUGUCUUCAAAUCUGCAAGAAAAUAAUAAUAAUAUCUCAGACGAAAAACACGAAGAAAUAAUGGAAAUAGAGGCGAUAGAAGACACCUCUCGUGAUUAUAACAGUAAUGAUGAUUGUGAUGCUACAACAUCUAGUCAGGAGUUGCAAUCAAAGUCAGAUUCAUUUAUGAGUCAAAAUUCAAAUGUGUCUAACUUUGAAACAGAUUUUUUAACAGCAAAACGGACACCAAAAAUUAAUAUUAUGACGCCAGAAUUAGCUGCUGCACUGGAUCGUGGUAAUGUAAGUAGCCGAAGCGCCACAUAUGUUUUGGCAGCUACUUUAAAAAGUGUGGGAUUCGAUACUCGGAAUGUAAAUUUGAGUUAUAAAACUAUUCAACGACAGCGUAUAAUUCAUCGGAAAGAAAUUGCUAAAGGCUUAAAGAAGACUUAA